AUGAAGCAAUGUUUUGAUCAAUUCUCUGCAGCUUCUGGUCUUAAAGCUAACCUAAACAAGAGUUCAGUGUACUUUGGUGGGGUGACUGAUGAAGAACAGGAAGCCAUACUUCAACAGUUGAGAUACAUAAGAGGUGAAUUACCAUUCAAAUACCUGGGAGUUCCAUUAGCUACUAGGAAGAUGAAGGUGACUCAAUGGCAACCUUUGAUUGAUAAAAUAGUAGCAAGAAUAUCAUCCUGGAUUGCAAAGAAAUUGUCAUAUGAUGGAAGAAUUCAACUUAUAAGAGCUGUAUGCAAACCAAAGAGUUCAGGAGGUUUAAAUAUUCUGAAUCUUAAGAAAUGGAACAGAGCAGCCAUUCUCAAAUUGCAUUGGGAUUUAACAUCAAAAGCUGACAGACUGUGGAUCAAAUGGUUGCAUAUGUACCAUAUAAAGGGGCAGCCUAUAUCGAACAUCAAAGGGGCUAAACAAGCAAGUUGGAUGGAAAGGAUGUUGACUGCUGACAGACUGAGUAAAUGGAGCAUGACUGUGGAUACUACAUGUGUAUUCUAUAAUUGUCAACCAGAGAACCAUCACCAUUUAUUCUAUUAUUGUACUAUCAUCAUGGAAAUAUGGAAUGACAUAUUCAAAUGGAUGCAAAUACAAGUGCCAGCAAAUACAUGGAGUCAAUUAAUAUGCUGGUUUGUGGAAAAAGCAAAGAAGAAAUCAACUGAAGGGCAGCUGCUGAGAAUGAUACUAGCUGAAACAUUGUAUAGCAUAUGGGUGGAGAGAAAUCAUAGAGUUUUUGAGAAGAUUCAUAGGGAUAGACAAAGCAUUGUUAGAGAAAUUAUCUACAUUUGUAACAUUAGAUCUGUUGGUAAACUCAAAGAAGUAUUACAAUACAAGUUCAUAUAG